UCUAUUUAAGCAACCGUCAGUGAGCUAGUUACCGUUAGCCUGUCAGAAAACAUCAAACUAGCACUGCUCUCUGAGGAAUAUCUUCGUGUUUCACACACUCACUGUAACUGUUACUAAAGUCUGAGUUGCUCCCUGUGUAGUUAAAGCCAUUAAAAUGAAUUGGGUCGGGGGUUCACGGAGCCGGUUAGUGAUGAAGAACGACGCGAAAAAACAAAGGGAGUUCUUUGAAAAGAGAAAAAUACAACAAAGAAUGAAAAACAUGGGGGUUUCCCUGCCUGCGUCCCCUCAAAACACCAGUAAUGCUGGUAUGGACCUGGUGACUUUGUUCAUUGUCAACCAGAUUGCUGCAAAGAAAGUAAAUAAAGAUCCUCCUAAAGUGGCAGUCCUUGGCAGAAGUAAAGGAGGAUCUAAGCAUGGGAGAAACGAGCCCCUGGUGCUCCCCAUGAGCCCCUGCUCUCCAUCACAGCUGAGCCUUGUUGAGAGCCAACCUCAGCACAGUCUUCAUGAAACAAGAAAGAGAAAGCAUGUUAUUCCACAAGCGUUCAAGUAUCGACAGCUGUCACCAGUGCUGGAGUCAGCUUUCUCCGACAAUAGCGCAUCUGACUACCUGCCGCCCAUAACCGACCCCCUCAGCCCCUUUUCCACCUCAUCAGCUUCCUCAGGCCAAGGAAUGUUCCCCCUGCAGCUGAGUCUCCAGCAGAGAAGCCAGACACAGCUUCCUCCCCAUUACCCCCCUUCACCCUGGGACACGUCAGGGAUGGAGCAGACCAAGUUUCAGCCUUUCUCCCAGCAUAGAGGUAUGAUAGACAACAUCCCCUGGUCCCGUGGAUCAAACCCACCCUUCUACCAACUGAAGACACCCACAGCAGCGCAAGUCCUGUUUAAAAGUCCACAGCCAGAUAAUACAGAGACCAGGGACCAUGCAAGACAUGAGGUCACCUUCUCCCCCAACCAACAAGAGGACAGGGAGCCCAUGCUGGACUUCACUCUUGACCAAUCAGAAACUGAGCAGCAUAUUGAGGAAGACGUCUUCAGGGGCUUUAAUACUGAAGAAUGUGACAGAGACGCUUCUCAUUUUGGGAGCGGGAAAUCAAAGAUAUAUCUCAAAGAUGAAACAUCAGUCAGAUCUUCAACUCCACAAACUGUCCCUGACCCACAAUGCAGGGAAGAAGAGGAAGCGACCGCCUAUCUCUCCAGCCGCACCGACAUGAACUUUUCAUGUCUGGAACACAACAAUAGCCCCAUGAAUAGCUGUGACUGUUCGCCAAGUUACUCUUGUGAAGGAGGUUACCUCAGUACAGACUCGAAUGCUGAUGAAGAAUGCAAUCACCAAGCCUGUUGUGCAGAUAGCCUAAACCCAAACCUCGCCCUACAGGGGCAGCCCAGGCUUCUCACCCCACUCCUAAAACCAAAAAUGACCUUUAGAGAUGAGCAGGAAGUUAUGGAGAACACACCUCCCCCAGAUAAAACCAUAGGAAGUAACAGCCAACACCUGGGAAGCCACACAGCUCAGUUCAACUCCCCUCAGGCUCAAACUCAGAGCACCGAGCCGUGCAAAUGCAAGAAAACACCCAGCGACAGUCGAGAUGCUGCAACUCAAACUAUUGACAUCCCUGCAGCUGAGACAUGUGAUGCCUCAACGCAGUGCGGCUUUGAUGUUGACAGUGGAACUAAAGCCAGGGAGUUUAACUUGUGUCUACCACCUGUUGAUGUGUCAGUACAGCAUCCAGCCACAGGGAGGCAGACUGAUACUGUUGCAGCGCAAAAUACACACACACCUUCACCGGGCAAGGAGAGGAGCCGAUGGAGGUAUACGCCCUGGAGCAAGAAGAAAUUCAGUGCUGGUUCCCUAUCAGGCAACAGCAGCAAAUUCACUGUUGGUAACAGUGAUGGCAACGGAUCUUACAGACCCACAAACCCCUUUAGAGAUGCUCUGAGCAUGACUAAUGCAGAGGGAUGGCAACAAGAACAUGGCCGUUUGAUGAAAGACCUCUGCACUGAAGCAACGGAGGAGGUCACAUCUGCCACCGGAGUUAACAGACACUCAGAAGAGGCUACAACACUUGAGGAAAUAGCUGACAUUUUGCUCCUGCUCAAGCAGAGGAAGGAGUAGGGAUGGUUUUGUUCAAAGUGUUAUGAUAGAGAUAGUGAAAUAAAGCCCCCAAAGCAUUAUUCUAA